AUGCCUGCGUGCAAACCACCGACGAAGCGCUAUGUUGAAGCCCUCCAUGCGCGUAUCCUGUCUUUGGAACGACAGCUGCAUGCAUAUCAACAGCAAGGCUCCUCAUCAAUUCUCUUAGCGACUACCCCUGUUCCCACAGCAGACCAUUCAGAAUUACUUUACCUGGAAACUGAACCCUCUAAGAAUGCGGACACUCCUCAUGAUCGUGGCCCUGUGGAUGAUCUGGCAGAGAUUGCAGGUCAAUUAGACAUCGCCGAGGAUGGCCACUUACGCUACUUUGGUGCUCCCAGCUAUUUCAAUCUACUUCGAAGCAACGCUUAUGGCGCAACAGCGGAUUCUGAACAAAACGUUUAUGCCGUCCAGCCAGCAUUUUCAUACCACUUGAUCGAUAUAGAGCUUUCUCCCGAAAUCCAGACGCAUCUGCUGGACAUGUACUGGAAGUGGCAGAAUCCUUGGCAGUAUCUAGUGCACCGCACAGCCUUCCAAAGGGCAGUGGAUAGAGGAAUAUAUGAUGACUAUUGUACACCACUCCUCUUGCGUUGCGUGCUCGCUCUGGCGGCUCGGUAUUGCGAUCAUCCAGAUGCUCGAUUGGAUGCGCAAGACUCAAACACUGCAGGUGACGUGUUGGCUGCUCAAGCCAAAGAUAUCCUGAGCGCCGAGAUAGAGCAUCCCUCUACAUCAACCGCAGCGGCUUUGGCUCUAUUGGCACUCCGGGAGAUGUCAGUCAAUAAGGAGAGCUUAGGAUGGAUCUACAUCGGCAUCGCUGUGCGCAUAGCUUAUAAUUUAGGGCUCAACAUCGACUGCCAAACUUGGGUCAAUCAGCAAAAGAUCUCCGAAGAGGGGGCAGAGAAACGCAGAAUCACCUGGUGGGGCUGUUAUCUCUUGGACAAGUUCUAUUGA